AUGGCAUCCACAGUUUCAGCUGAUGGCCGGGAGGAAAUCAAAACCAGCAUUCUUCUAGUGGACAUACUGGACUAUGUAGCUGAUUCCGUCCGACCAAUCCGCGAGGGUAGCUGCGUUUUCGAUGCCGGACAUGUGAUUUGCAUCGGUUACACUGAAAAAACUGAUAUCGCAAUAAGUUUCAUCGGAUUUGUUCGUCAAUCUUCGCAUCCAGGCCAGGUUCCACAUCGAAUCAACUUGAAGAUCACACCUCAUGUUUCAUGCUGGCAAUGCGAUUGUUCUUGUAAGGCCGGAACUGGUCGCUGUAAACACAUUGUCGCAUGUUUAUUGCAUCUUAAUCGAUCUGGCUGUGCAGAAUAUCUCACUUGUACGGACAAUGUCCAGGCAUGGGGCAUCUCUAAGGCCGAGAAACAAGCUCCAUGGGGAGCUAGACGAAUCAAGGAGCUAUGUUGUGUUAGCCAUCCACCAAAAUUAGAGCCUACAGAUGAAGCUACAAGGGAGCAGAUAUUAGCAGAGUCGUUCAGCCGGAUUUUGCUCGCUGCUAACCAUUCUGCUAUCAGUAAGCAUAGGAAUGGCCGUCAUCUGAACGACUCAAUAGUGUCUAUCAAUCGAGCAGUACAAUCACGAGCUUUGGAACGAGAAACCGUAGAAUACUAUUAUCCUCGGUGCAAUCUGAUCCUGAAACGAGCAUAA